AUGGCAUUGUUGGUAAGUUGUCAGGGGCCGCCGCCGGAUGAUUGUGAAAGGUCAUGCGGCAAUGUGAGCAUUCCUUUUCCCUUUGGUUUAACGGAAAGAUGCGCCUACAGCGGCUCCAAUAAUAUUGAUUUUCUCGGGGCAUGUAAUCGGUCAUCAUCUGGUGAUCCCAAAUUUACCAUUAUGUUUAACUCUACUGAAGUUGGAUAUAUUUCUACCGCCAGAAGUGAAAUACAGGUUAUGGGCCCAGUUUAUUAUGAUUGCUACAACACUUCUGGUCAACAAGACAGUGAGGCCUCUAUAAUGAAGGAAUCAUACUAUUAUAUUAAUUUCAUGCUCUCUAAAAAGAACAAGUUUGUUGCCAUUGGGUGUGAUACACAAGCCGGGUUUUCAGGGAAUUUCAAGGAAUCCAGUGUAUGCAAUUCUAAAUGUGAUAGCAACAGUGAUAUCACAAAUGGAUCAUGCUCUGGAGUUGGCUGUUGUGAAAAAGAGAUCCCGGAAGGGAUUCGUGAAUCCGCGAUAGGAAUAGCUAGCUUAGAUAACCACAAAAAUGUACUGCAAAUGAAUCCCUGUAGCUAUGCUUUCAUCGUGGAAGAAGGCAAGUACAACUUUUCUGCCACUGACCUUCUUGAUUUCGGAGGUAAAGAGCUGGCAAUGCCGAUGUUACUUGAAUGGGCAAUUGGAAACAAGACUUGUGACGAGGUCGAUAAGGAAUCGGAUGAUUUCUUAUGCAAAGGUGAUCAUCAAGAAUGCAUUCGACAAUAUGCUGGUCCCGGGUAUCGUUGUCGUUGCAAGCAGGGUUAUGAUGGCAACCCUUAUAUCAAAGACAACUGCACAAAUAUUGACGAGUGUAAAGCGGGAACUCAUAAUUGCAAAGGUGAAUGCAUUGAUAAUGCAGGAAGCUAUACAUGCCCAUGUCCAAAUGGUAAACCGGGAGAAUACAGGAAAGAUAACAAUACUUGCACUACAAAGAGAUCACCCAUUAUACAGAUUUCCGUAGGUACCUCAGUUGCUGGUUUAUUUCUGCUUUUAUUAAUUACCUGGAUAUACUUGGGAUACAAAAGGCGUAAGACUUUGAAUAAAAGAGAAAAGUUCUUUCUGCAAAAUGGUGGAAUCAUUUUGAAGAAAAGAAUCUCCGGGGAUGGAGGUCCUCGAAUUCAAUUUAAACUCUUCACGGUGGAUGAGCUUAAGAAAGCAACCAACAAAUAUGAUAAGAAAAGGAUUAUUGGGAAGGGUGGCUUUGGCACAGUAUUUAAAGGAAUACUACCUCCUAAUAAUAGACAAGUUGCCAUAAAAAUGUCGUCCAAGAUAGUAGAUCCGACCCAAACCAUCCAAGUAGAACAAUUUAUUAAUGAAGUGAUUAUCCUUUCCCAAGUCAAUCACAGAAAUGUGGUGAAGCUGAUUGGUUGUUGCCUUGAAACAGAAGUUCCUUCCUUAGUCUACGAAUUUAUUCCAAAUGACACCCUCUAUGAUCACAUCCACAAUGAGCGCAAGUCGAAGCCUAUCAUUACUUGGGACAAACGACUGAGAAUAGCAACGGAGACAGCUGGAGCACUUUCAUAUUUGUUCUACAACGCGGCAGACCCAAUCAUUCAUCGAGAUGUCAAGCCGACGAAUAUACUGUUGGAUGAUGACUAUGCAGCAAAAGUAGCUGAUUUUGGAGCGUCAAGGCUAAUUCCUAUUGAUCAGAAUGAAUUGGCGACAAAGGUACAAGGAACACGAGGUUACUUGGAUCCGGAGUACUCUCAAACAGGCCAGCUGACAGAAAAAAGUGAUGUUUAUAGUUUUGGUGUCGUACUAGUGGAACUUUUAACGGGAAAGAAGAUUGUUAAUCAGCAAACGCUUGUAACCAAAUUAUUUAUAGAUUCUCUAGAAAAUAAGACUCUAUUAGAGGUUCUAGAUAAAAAUUUGCAGCUAAACAAAGUCCCUCAAGAUAUCUUCCUGGUCUCAAAGCUUGCACAAAGAUGCUUACGCUAUAAAGGAGACGAAAGGCCUACUAUGAGAGAAGUGGCUAUGGAGCUAGAACGAAUAUCAGCGGCAUCAAUAAAUGACAAGCAUCCAACAGUGAAAACUACUUCAAACGAAGCAGAAACUAAAUGUUUGCUUAAUAGAGCAAGUGACGACCGUGAAGACAUAGAUGACACCAAUACAAGCUCACUAAUUGGAGUCGUAAGCAUGAUGCCAAUUCAAGCAUCGUCGGAAACAGUGUGAUCAACAUUUUAGGUACUCUUGAUCAUCAUGUUAUGUUGUGGGUCAGACUGAUUUAAAGGGAAUGGCUCAGUUCAGAUGGUCUCGGUCAGGAAUGGUCUCAAGUUUGGCUACUGGAAUCUCUCCCAUGCUGAUCUCACAUAUGGAUUGUUGUCUGCUCUGCUCACCAUCAUUUUGUCAUUAGGUUUUGUCUCUUUAUGUAUGUUUCUGCAGUUAGUCAUUCUGUGUUGUUUUCAUUAUAUAUGUUUUGAUUUGCUUCUAGUGUGAGUGAUAACUGAUACAUUGUGCGUGUAACUAUGUGAGCGUGUUUAUGUGUUUGAAUAUGUAAAUUCAGA